AUGACCCAGGAACUUGACUGCCCUUUGCAGGACGCUGCACUUCACCAGGUUCAGCUGGAGAUUCACCCACUGGAUGGGCCUGAACAACAGGUGCAGGUUGACUGCUGUAUCAUCAAAGGUCAGGCGGGCAUAGCAGAGACCAAAGGGGACAACCCAGAACUGCUACAGGCCGCACCCCAGGGUGAAGCCCGUCUUCUCCCAGGCCUUGGGAUUGAGCUACCGAUCGUUCACACUUUCCAUGAGUUCUUUGCUGAAAUGCAAGGUCAUGAUGAUAUCAUUUGCAUUUCAGAGUCUGAAGACAAUUACAGCAAAUGGGAAGGUUAUGCUCAGUGGUCUUGCACUGCUGAGACUGUGCAGUCUAAGAGUAUUUCAGGGAUGAAAAUGAGCCAUGUCGAUGCUACAAUUCAGCAGCUUCAGCCCUCCAGAACAAGGGUCGCCAAGCACCUUUCUGUCUUCAGUAAAGGUGUUUGCCAACUUGAAAAGAUUGAAGAAGAAAGAAUGUCUUCUAUAGAAAUUCUGAGCAUUGACCAGUGUGAUGAUACCAUAACUGAUUCUGAGGAUGAAAUCAAAGUCAUUGAAGAGAAUUUUUAUCGCGGGGGUAAAGUGAGUUGGAUCAAUUUUUGGCUGUCAGAAAAGAAACAUGUUGGGGAAUUCAUCCAGAGAGAUACAUAUAAAGAAAUUUCCAAACGUAUCAGUGACCUUCCCAAGUGUAGUAUCGAACAGACAGCCAUUCAGGAUCUUAGAAUAUACCACCAACCAGGUAGUGGUGGAAGCACUGUUGCACGGCAAGUGCUCUGGAAUAACAGGAAAAACUUCAGAUGUGCAGUGGCAAGACACUCAUUCUCUGCUUCAAAAGUGGCUGAGCACGCUGUGAAAUUGCGAGAGUAUGAGGAAGUCGACGCACAGAAAUGUCUUCCAGUUCUUUUGCUGGUUGAAGAUUUUGACACAGAAUACCUCGAAGAUCUAAGGAGAGAGCUUGACUCGGCUGUGAGAACUCAUAAGAUCAAGCCAGGGACACUGUGUUUUAUUUUACUAAGCUGCAGACAAUCGCAUGAACCAGAAAAAAUGAGCAAGGAGUCGCCAUUACAGAAUUUUUCUGUGACUCAUAAACUGUCAGCAGAAGAGAAGAGAGAGUUUGCACGAAAAAAGACUGAAGUUGAAAAGCAAUAUUCAGCCAAUUACAUCAUAACCUUUGUUUUGAUGAGUGAGGAAUUUAACAAAGACUACAUCAUCAAAUUUGUGAAAGAUUUACUUGUUGGCAUUAAGCAUGGAGAUGUUGUCACUCACCUCAUUCAUUAUGUGGCAUUACUCAAUACUUAUGUGCAAAACUCCUAUCUCUCUCAGUCCCAUUGUGAAGCUCUGCUACUACUAAGCAUGCAGACAAAUAUUGAACCCACUGCCAACAAGCAGACCAGAAAAAACCAUACAGAUAGAUGCAGAAGGCACUUGUUUGAAUCAUCAUUAAACAAGCAGGCCAAAGUUCUCUUCAUCCAUCUGAGAGAUGAGAAGACUCAUAUUCAAAGCAUACGCAUCCUUCAUCCCUUGAUUGCUGAAGAAGUUCUUCGCCAACUUUUGGUCAAAGACCAGCAGCAGAGUGACGUAGCCAUGAAACUACUGAAAGAUGAUGUGCUUUUUCAGAACAGUUUUGGAAAAGAGCAUUACCACAGAUUCCUGCGUGACCUCUGCAUGAGACGCAAUAAGAUCAUUAAAGGAGACAAAUCUGACACUUCAUUUUCUCCCCUCAUUGAACACAUUUUGGAGAAGGAAAAUCCGGAAAAGGCUUUCGAGAUCCUGAAAGCGGCCUACACGCGGUUUAAUGAAGAUCCCUUCUUUGCUCAGCAGCUUGCACAGUUGUGUUACACAUAUGAGGAGUUUCCAGAAGCUAAGGACUGGGCAGAUAUAGCCCAGAAAAAGAUGCCACACAACUCCUAUAUCUUGGAUACAAAGGGCCAAGUAUUUAAAAGAUGGUUCAAUGACAAAUAUAGAAAUCUUGAAGGUAACAUCAGUCCUGAAAGCACUGUGGACACAAUUGCAACAGCGCUAGAAGCAAUUGAAUGCUUCAGAACUUGCGAGGGAGCAGCCAAUUUGGAACAGGACUCUAUGAAUAAUUCUGGCUACUUCUCAGAAGUUCAAGUAGAGCGUGAUCUUUUGGAUCUAGUCUUGAAAGUGUUUCCACGUGGAGAAAAGGGCCGCUCUGAGUGCAUGCAGUACUUAGUGACAGGUCACAUUCCAGAAAGGGUGAAAAAGCCGUGGGAGUGUUUUCACAGUAAACUGAAAUUCAUUCACAAGAAUAUGCAUGAUGCCCUCACAAGGAUUUCAGAAGAUCUGAGCUACUUCCAGAUGGACGUCAAUUCGGAUGAUGAUGAACAAUACAGCACUGAACUGAAAAUAAGGAAUCCAGUAAAAUGGCUUGCAAGAAAAACUGCCUGGUAUGGGAAUUUUUUCAAAGAUGUAGAGUUGCCCUCCAAAGAACAAAAUCAAUUAUCAACACGCAUGAAACUUUGCUCUCUUGGAGGUGAUAAUAUUACCAGCAUCUUUUCUCUUUUGUCUGAAAAGAAACAUGACCAACUAGAAUCCAUCGUUACUGUAUACGGUGGGCUGAAGAAACUUGAUCAAAUGGAACUGGCCAACUACAUAGCAUCUCAGAUAGCCUUAGGGUGUGCUUCAAGUGCAUCCACUUCUUCUAAACUCAAGGAGCUUCAAGCAUGCAGCCAUCAGUUCCCUCGGGACAGAGACAGAUGUCACCCCAAUGCCCUGUUCUUACUCACAUUGCUUUUCUGGCCAGAGGAUGGCGACACCAAUCAGGAGAGAGAUAACAAAUAUGAAAUCCUUAUGUCUGCUUUGGAUGUUUUGAAACGAAGCUUCAAAAUUAAACAGAAAAAUGUGCCUCACAAAGAGCUGAGAGUUUUCACGCAUUUCUACCUUGGCAAAGGAAGUGGCCUGAGUAAGAUUGUCCACAAAAGUAUGAUACAGGCCUUCAAAACAUACACAGUGUCACAAAGAAGAAUUAAGUGGUUUGAUGGAUAUAUCUGGAAAACGCCAGAGAUUGUGCACAUGCUGAAACGUGUUCAAGGCUGGACGGAACAUGGAAAUGUCUAUAUCAAAGGCUGUAAAGGGAAGGAGAUCAAGAUACGUGCCCUGAACUCUGAUUCAGUACCUGAUGGUAACGAGAAUGUUGAAUUUUAUGUGGGAUUUACAUUUCAAGGGCCUGUUGCUUGUGGCAUCAUUGUCUGUGAUGCCAAUGAGACAUAGGGACCAGG